GGGGAAACGACGUUUUGGCAGCACAGUUCUAACCGAUGAGUCUCAGAGGUAUAUGGUUACGUUUGAGUUCUGUGCUUCACCGUAGCAUGUAAUUCGUGUCUCCAAAAUCGCUGUGCGUCGGAUUUUUAAACCAUUAACUUUUUUACGUUUUUUUUGUCAUUUUAUAAGCGCACGAGUUGAUUAUUGCUGUAUAGACUACAGAACUAAAGUGGGCAUUCAAAUCAAGUGUUCAAUCAAUGCCAUGGAGCGAGAGGCGCUCAAGAGUGAGAACUUAACUUUCUGGGACACCGUGCUGAACUGUAGCGAAUGGAAGGUAGAUGUGGAGGGUGCUGUCUACCAUCUCGCUAACAUUUUGUUAGUUUUAGGUUUCAUGGGAGGAAGCGGGUUCUAUGGUCUGCUCUACCUGUUCUUUUUCUUGGCACUGGGCUUUAUUUGCUCUUCUAUAUGGGCUUGGAUGGAUGCUUGUGCUGCCGAUAUUUUUUCCUGGAAUUUUACCCUUUUGGCGAUCUGUGCGGUGCAGAUUGUGCACGUCGCCUACCAGCUUCGUAGUGUCACUUUUGACAGAGAAUUCAAGGACCUUUAUGGAUGCAUCUUCCAGCAACUGGCGAUUCCCCUUACUGUCUAUGGGGAAAUAGUUUCUUGUUGUGAUGGGGAGGUGACCACUCUGGAGAAAGAUCAUUGCUACGCAGUGGAAGGCAAAACCCCUAUCGAGAAGCUUGCUAUUCUGCUGUCAGGAAGAAUCCGCGUAACAGUUAAUGGAGAGUUUUUACACUUUAUUUACCCCUAUCAAUUCCUGGAUUCCCCCGAAUGGGAUUCGCUUAGACCUUCAGAUGAGGCCACUUUUCAGGUGACGCUAAGAGCAGACACAACUUGUCGAUACGUGGGCUGGAGGCGAAAAAAAAUGUAUUUACUCUUCGCUAAACACCGUUAUAUAGCCAAAGUGUUUUCGGUCCUGAUUGGGAAUGACAUUGCCGAGAAACUCUUCUCGCUGAGCGACAAAGUCUACGACAGGGAUGGUAUUCGGUAUGAUCUCAGAUUACCCAGUUUGUGUCACGUGGUGUUGCCUGAUGUAGGAAAGAACACGGCACUGGGCAGCCUUUCACGAAGACAAACGACAGAGCUGAAAUGUGUGGACCGUAUCAUUACAAAGCAGUUCCAAUCAUGUACUGUAGCUCUCUCAGUAUAUGGAAUCCACCACAACCAGUGUGCGGGGAGCAAAGAUAAAACUACGGUACUUGUCUUUGUCUCCCCCUGGUGGUUCUGUCGCAACAUGCAAGGACAAAGGCGGGCGAGCUGGGCGGUGCUGUCCGCUGCUUCACACGCGCUUCUUGCCCAUUUUAGUCAAAGUCUGUCAGCACAAAGAAUAUGGGAAGAUCACAUAGCACAGGACGGCCAGGAACGGGUUUACAGUAAACCCACAUUUUCAACUGUCACUGCUGAGCACUUGCACGUAUUGAUUAAAUAUAUGUUCUUUCAAAUUACAAAAAGUGAAAGGGACGGUUUAAAUCGGAAUGGAGGAGUAUUCACUUCUCACAAUGAGGGAUUUUCCAGGAUGGCUGCCUUUACAGAAAUGAUAUUUGCCACAAGCUUGUAUACAUCAGUCCCUACUUAUACCCCCAGUGUGAUAGAGGAUUUGAGUCCUGAGCACAAUGGAACAGUCUGCGAGAACUGGAAGGAGGUUCACCACUUGGUCUUUCAUGCGGCAAAUAUCUGUUUUGCCAUUGGGCUUAUUAUUCCAACUACACUAAACCUUCACAUGAUAUUUCUUCGCACCAUGUUGAUGAUAGGAUGCUCUCUUUUCAUUGCCUGGGCAACCCUCUACCGAUGUGCCUUAGAUAUUAUGAUCUGGAACUCGGUGUUUCUUGUUGUCAAUUUCAUGCAUUUUUUCUACCUUGUAUACAAAAAGAGACCAAUUAAAAUUGAUAGGGAGUUAAAUGCUGUCUACAAAAGAAUGUUUGAGCCUCUUCACGUGCCUGCAGACAUGUUCCAAAGACUGACAGGGCAGUUCUGCACCAUCCAGACACUUAAAAAGGACCAGACGUACGCUGCAGAGGACAAGACCUCUGUCGAUGGCAGAUUGAGCGUUCUGCUAAAGGGAAAAAUGAAGGUCUCGUAUCGUGGACAUUUUCUUCACAACAUUUAUUCUAAUGCCUUCAUAGACUCUCCUGAAUUCAGAUCAACUCAGAUGAACCGAGGUGAAAAAUUCCAGGUCACCAUCACAGCGGAAGAGAGCUGCAAGUUCUUGUGCUGGUCUAGAGAAAGGCUAACCUAUUUUUUGGAGUCUGAACCUUUCUUAAAUGAAGUGUUCAGGUAUCUCAUCGGCAAAGACAUUACCAACAAGCUCUACUCGUUACACGAUCCUACAUUAAGUGAUAAGACAGCCAAAAAGUUGGACCGCCAGCCCAGCCUGUGCUCUCAGCUGUCAAUGAUGCAGAUGAGGAACAGCAUGGCCAGCUCCAGUGAAAGUGAUGACGUUCUGAACCAGUUCCUCCGUGGGGGCUCCACGACCUCCACGGCCUCCUCUCUCCAUAAAUCUCCUCACACAAGGCCUUCAACCAAAAUGAAGCCCAUUGAAGAAGUUAUUGAGGAUGAUGUCUUUCAACCUGCCACCCCAGUUAAAAGAUCGGGUCUGAGGCAAAAAGCCUCCUCAAGCACCGAAGAGGUUUAACCAGUAAUGACAACUACAGCCCCCAGCUGCAAGAAUAUUACCACUAAAACGGCCGUACCUCUUCCCUUCUCCAACCGACACCUAGAGCUUUUUGAUGUUUAUCAGCCUGAAAUGAUGGAAAGCGAAUAAGAAAGUGAAUGUCCUUUUCUGUAUGCGUUUGUGUUUAGUUAUAUAUUAUUUGUCUGACUGGGUGUGCAUCUGUUUUUCUGCUUGUAUAGGAGAGGGUUGUUCACGCAUUCCUGAAAUAAAUUCACCACUCAGUUACCAGAGAAUAGCACAUCCACCUUUUUGAAUCAGAGUUCUUAAUUACAACUUGUUUUUGGAACAGAAGGGUUCUGAAUAUGGAUAUUCUUGUCACCGCAUUGUAAAUCAGUGCCAUGAUAAGUAGGUUGUACAGGUCUUAUUGUACAGAACAUACAUUUAAGGUUUGAAAGCAAGAGUAAAAUCCUUCCCUAAAAGUAACACUUCAUGCCAGCACACAGUUUAAUAAGGAAAGUGAGGGAACAAGCUGUACAGACAAUAGGAAAAUGAGGAAAGGUCUGUAUCUGUCAGCAGCUCACAAACCAGGGAAUGGAACCACAAUUGGAGCAAGGCCUGUGAAAACCAUCUGCCAGGUGCAAGUUCUGAAGCUUAAAGCUUGUGUUUGCAGUCCCUUUUUUUCCCCAAUAAACACAAAAGACUUUCAAAAGGCCAUCCCCACCUACCGUAGUUUUGAGGAGAACACAGCAGCUCUUUGUGAUAUUUCAUUCCUCAAAACCAGUCCUAGAUUGUGUAGAUAGCAGAGAGGACACUAAGGAGCAUUAUAUAAUGUGACACUGUGACGUGACCCAAUACAGAAUUAUUAAUAACUGGUACCCAGAAACUCUCAUCAGACAUACAAGAACAUGAGGGAUCCUUGACAAGGUGUCAUGGUAUCAGUAAUGUUGAAACAGUUAAGAAAAUUGCAGAUUAACAAAAAUGCAGUAAGAUUUUUCAGGAAUGUGCCAACAGCCCCUUUGUUUUUGAUUAAUUGUAAAAACCUUAACUAUCAUGAUAAAACACAAUGGUGAUUCACAGUAUAAAUUACACCAGACCAGCAUGAUGAUGAUGGAGUGAGAAGAGCACAUAUAGUCUCAGUUUUUACGGAAUAUCAUAACAUUCCCUCAAUUAUUCACAGGAAAAAACCUUUUUGAAUCAGUUUUUUUUUUCACCCAGCACUUUGUAGAGAAUUUCAUGUUUGACACAUUUUAUUCAUUAACUGUGGUGUUUUUUUGUUGUUUGUUUUGUAUUUUCAAUGGCACUGUUGAAAUGCCGUUUACAAUAUAACAUGUUGUCAGUAUUUAGGAAGUUUAUACAGACAUUCAACUGUACAGAUGCAGGAUAGGAUGCUGUGUAGGUUUUCAAGGAAAGUCGUGUUUGAUUUUUUUAGACUGCUAUACUGAGAGGAAGGUUUAAAUACCAAAUCUAAAUAUUGUACUCAAUCAGAAAUUAAGAUAACGUGGAUUUUAUUUAAACCAGGUUAGGGGACAGCAUCUUUUUCCCAUCCUGAGGGUUAUAAAAUUGAAUCGAUAAAAUUAGUUUUCUGUUCUUCACCUAAUUCUCAAAUGGUCAUAAACCAAUAGUAGGCUGCAAAAACAUAAUUAGAACUGUGUAAAGAUGUCUUCAUGAACAAAACACUUGAAUGAAAUAAUAGAAUGUCAAAAUAAUUAAAUAUAGUAUCUUAGAAAAUACUAGUUUAUCAUCAGUGCUUUGCAAAGAAAUACUGGCAAGAUUUGUCGUCAUGUGUUGUAUUUUAUGGCAACUUUUGUUCUUCAGUGUUUUAGAUUUUUUUUUAAAUAAAAGGUGCCUUUAUCAGAUCUAAGCUAAGAUUCAUUCAGGCCACUGGCGAAUUUUGUAUAACAAACAGCACAUUACAUGUUCAAUACAAAUAAAAAUAUUAUC